UGUUUAAAGUACCGAGGAAAACAAAUAUAAAAACCAACGUGGAGAGAUCUCACUCUCGUCUCGUCAUAUUGUUACUGAUAAAUCCACCUGCCAUUAGUAUGUGAACAUAGUUUUGUUUUCUUCCUCGACCAUCUGCCAAAUUGAGAGGUGCUUCUUGUAUACUUAGCUGGAUUACGAAAGAAAUACCCUCAAAAUUUCUAGAACCUCGCCUCUGCCAACAAAAUUCUGGUGCUCUGCCUGUGAUGUUGGGACAUCUGAUCAUUUUUCAGAAGAUCUCAAUCAUGUGGAGCCAUCUAUUCAAGUAUUUAGAUAUAAACAGACCCACUCCAACAUGGACAACAAGCGAUGAUUCAGUCAAAAGAUAUGUGACUGAAGCUGGUAAUGAAUUGGCGAUAAAACUAUUCAUGGCUGCUAAUGACAAUGGCAAUGCCUGUGAUGGAUGGAAGCCAUUAAAGAACAUUGUUGAAGAUGUCCAAAUUUUUAAGAAGGAUAACACACUGCGCGGGACUCGAACCUUAAACGUUCCACUCUCUGCUUUCAAAGAACAGGUCAAUACAGUUAAUACUGCCAAGCUUUGGGAUGGGAAAUUGGUGGAAGGAAGCCAACUGCAGGAUUUUGGGGAAAAGGUUGAUGUGGUGUUUUUAGCAUUCAGUCAAUUUGCAGAGGAAGCCAUCCUGCGCAGUAGGGAGUUUGUUGUACUUGAAAUGCGGCAGGCUAUCAAGGAUCAGAUUUAUGUUGUUGGGUGUUCAUCCCUGCCCAAAUGGUUGUCCAGAGCAGUAUUGGCUGAGAACAAGAAACGUCUUCGUGGUAAGAUCGAAUUGGGAUGGGUUUUUCAAAUGCUGGAAGAUAACAAAUCAUGCAAAGUCACUUGUUUUUUGCAGUUGAAUCCAGGUGGGUGGAUGCCAAAAUGUUGUGUGAAAAAGCAACAAUCCAAGCUGCUUACUGUGAUGAUGAAUCAAAUGUUCACAUUGGCCGUGGACAAAUGGCUGGAAAAUCACCGCCAGUGAGAUUACUAUCAUUGUUUUGUUGCCUCAUUUGAAUCCUCCUCAAAGCACGCGCUACCAAUUUUAACAUAUAAGUUUCUGAUCAUACCCAAUUAUAAUGUUGGUCCAGUUGACACAUUUGUCUGUUUCUUGGUGAUCUCAAACUUUCAAGAACAUCAAGAAAUUGAUGCAUACCAAAUAUUUGUAUUUUUAUUUCAUGGCCGGCAGUUUUAAUGCAAUUAUCCUGGGUUCAUUUCA